AUGAAAAAAGCAAAUAAAAUACUGAGCCAACUGCGGCUGCCUAUUAUUGUUGCACCCAUGUUUCUAGUAUCUGGUCCUCAGCUAGUAAUUCAAUCCUGCAGACAAGGAGUCCUGGGCACACUCCCAGCGCUCAAUGCUAGAUCGGACCAGAUCCUUGACGAUUGGCUGCACGAGAUACGAGCAUCCCUCUCAAACAAAUCCAAACAUCCCUAUUCUGUAGCAUCGUUUGGCGUUAAUCUCAUCGUCCAUAAAUCCAAUAAGCGUCUUCAAGGCAAUUUGAAGUGUAUCGUUGAUCACAAGGUACCACUUGUUCUUACAGCUCUUGGUGCAGCAAGCGAGGUUGUAGAUGCUGUCCACGACUAUGGUGGAGUAGUAUUUCACGAUGUGACGAAUAUUGUUCAUGCAAGAAAGGCCAUCAAGGCUGGAGUAGAUGGUUUGAUUGCAGUAUGUGCAGGCGCAGGUGGUCAUGCAGGUGCAGCUUCACCAAUGGCAUUCAUCCCACAACUUCGAAGAGAAUUUGAUGGUGUGAUCUGUCUCGCUGGUGGAAUAUCUGAUGGCCAGGCAGUUCUUGCUUCCCAAUCUCUUGGUGCAGAUGUGGCUUACAUGGGUACUCGAUUCAUUGCUACUCAAGAAUCACUAGCAGAUCCAGAAUACAAGCAGAUGAUUGUAUCAGAAUCGAUUGGUCCAGCACCACUGUUUUUGCCAACAAUCUACACGUCCGGUAUUAGCGGUGUUCAUGCCAACUUUCUCCGCGCAAGUCUGGAACGUGUUGGGAUUGACCCAGAAAGAAUAGACCACGCAUUGCAUGAGCAAGCCAAAGACUUUUCUAAACUGGGCAAGUAA